AUGAAGACAGCAGUCAAGUUAAUAGGGCCUGGUGCUUACAUGUUCUCGAUAGACAUGACAGAUGCGUAUCUGACAGUGCCAGUUCGAAGAGCAGAUCAAAGAUAUUUAAAAUUUUAUUUCAACAAGAAGUUAUAUAAGUUUGUCUGCUUGCCCUUUGGCCUGUCAACAAGUCCUUAUGUUUUUACAAAAAUAUUAAAACCAGUCGUGCAGAAACUUAGAACUGCAGGAAAUUUGUCAGUGAUAUACUUAGACGAUAUCUUAUGUAUUGGAGAUACAUACGAAGAGUGUGCAGAGAAUGCCCGGGACACAAAGGAAUUACUUAAAAGUCUAGGUUUCCUGAUAAAUAAUAAAAAGACAGAUAAAAGGCCUAACACUAUAUGUAAAUAUCUUGGAGUGAUAAUAAAUUCUAAUAGUGGAACUUUAGAGCUGUCUAAUAAUAAAAAAGAAAAUAUUCUUUCUAUACUGCAUCAGAAUCUUUCUCUACAAAGAACAGACAUCCUAUCAUUCGCCAAAAUGGUUGGAAAAUUAGUGGCUGCUUGUAUAGCAGUACAGUAUGGAUGGCUCUACAUUAAAAUUUUUGAAAGGAAGAAAAUACAGGCGCUCAAACGUUCAAAUGGCUCGUAUAAGGGCAAUAUAACAAUGUGUGAAGAAAUCAAAUCUGAUAUGCAGUGGUGGAUUGACAAUCUGGAAUCAGCUAAAAAAGAGUUUAAGUUUAAAGAAAUAUCUAAGGUAAUAUACACAGAUGCAUCAGGUUCAGGCUGGGGAGCUACUAAUGGUGAAGAAAAGAUAUUUGGUGUAUGGAACACGUCACAAGCAGCUGAACAUAUCAAUUAUAAGGAACUAUUAGCAGUUCAUUAUGCCAUAAAAAAAUUUACAGAAAAUUUAUGUAAUGCACGCAUACUACUAAGAAUCGAUAACUCGACAGCGAUCUCCUACAUCAACAGGAUGGGUGGUGUAAAAUAUAGGAAGUUCAAUGACUUGGCAAGACUUAUAUGGACGCAUGCUGAGCAGCGUGGCAAUUGGUUUACUGCAUCAUAUAUACCUUCAAAACAAAACACAGAAGCGGAUAUGCUAUCCAGAAUAACUAAUGUGGAUGCAGAAUGGGAAAUUUCUAGCAGAGCAUAUUCGAAUAUUACUAAAAAGUUUGGAACACCAGAUAUUGAUUUAUUUGCCACUUUUUCUAAUAAAAAAUGUGCAAAAUAUGUUUCACGUUUCCCAGAUAACGGAGCUUUUCAAGACCCAGCAUCAUCCAAGAUACGAGACAAUGUACAUGAUGGCAGCAGUGGUAUCAGGAGAGCUUUCAGCGAUAGAGACUUACAGCAGGACUCUCUUGACAUCGUUCUAGCAUCUUUGAGCAAGAGCACAAUAAAACAUUAUAAAUCAUCUCUGCAGAAAUGGAUAUCAUAUUGUGACACAAAUAAUAUAGAUCCAUACAACCCAGCAGCAGUCAACGUAAUAUCAUUUUUGACAAAAAGAUUCAAAGAGGGUCUCUCUUACAGCUCAAUAAACUCUGACAGGAGUGCCAUAUCGCUAAUAUCAACUAAUGAAGUGGGUAAUGAUAAAUUAGUCAAGCAUGCUUCAAGAUACUUUGAACAAUUAGAGGAUGAUAAGGAUCUAUCCAUAGAACAAUUAGCUCAUAAGACUGUCAUUUUAAUAGCUUCAGCGACUGCACAAAGAAUGCAGACCAUUUCAAAGAUCAGGAUAGAAAAUACGCAUAUCUAUGAAGACAACAUAAUAAUAGUUAUUUUAGAUGUAAUCAAGACAUCAAGGCCAGGGAAGCCUACAGUAUCAGUAGGUCCUCAGACGCUGGCUAGAUGGGUGAAAUGCACACUGGCCAAGGCAGGUAUAAACACUAAUAUUUUCACCGCACACUCAACCAGACAUGUGUCGACUUCAGCGGCGCUCGAUAAAGGAGUCAGCAUAGAAAUAAUCAAGGAUACUUGGGAUCUAAGAGAUCUCAAGUUUUUGCAAGAUAUUAUAAGAGACCUAUAG